CCAGUCAGAGGGGAGCCACAUUUGUUACUGGCAAACCUCUCCCGCAGAACAAAAUGAGCGAAGCCGACGCGCCGAUUUGCUAGCGGAAGCGGAAGCUGGCUGUCAAGCAUCGCGCCGGAAGCGCCUCUUUGAGCUUAGACACAGGAGAGAUAAAUAGCUGCAGUUAUGGAGCCAGAACUGUCCGAUCGCUAUGACCAUGCUCUGCUGGGAAUUUUGCAGCAUGUAGGAAACAUCCAGGACUUUCUAAACAUUUAUUUUGGCUUCUUGUACCGCAAGACAGACUUUUACAGGCUCCUCCUUAACCCUCAGGACCGCCUUGGUUUCCCCCCAGGAGCUGCUCAGGCCAUGGUGAUGCAGAAUUUUAAAAACUUUGAGAGACUGGCACUGAAGGACCAUGAGCAGAGGACGCACGACCUGCAGGAGAAAUUAAAAAAGAGGCAAGAGAAGGAGGCAGAGAAUGAGGCCAUACCACCUCCAGUCCAGGAAGUCAUCAUUGAGGCUCCUGCAGAGGAGGCACCACUGGAACAAGACAAGCCAGAAGGAGAGCCACAACAAACAGAUGCAAAAGGAAAAACAGAAGAACCAGAAACCAGUGGUGAUGGCACAGGACAAGCAGCUGCAGAGCCCAAGGGACAGGAAGAAAACCAAGUUGACCCUGACAGUUACAAUGGAGCCGUACGAAAGAAUUACAUCUGGUCUCAGGAUUACACUGAUGUAGAAAUUAAAGUUCCAGUGCCUAAAGCUGUAGUGAAAGGUCGGCAGGUGUCCGUUGACCUGCGCAGUAGCUGCAUCCGUGUGUCCGUGAGAGAAGGAGGAGGGGAACGUGUUCUGAUGGAGGGAAAUUUUACUCACAAAAUAAAUGCAGAGACAUCUCUCUGGAGCCUGGAACCUGGGAAGUGUAUUGUGAUCAGCUUGAGUAAGUGCGGAGAGGUUUGGUGGAACGCCAUAUUGGAAGAUGAAGAAAAGAUUGACAUAGACAAGAUCAACAAAGAACGCAGCAUGGCUACUGUGGAUGAUGAGGAACAUGCCGUUUUGGACCGACUGACAUUUGAUUAUCACCAGAAGCUUCAGGGGAAGCCUCAGAGCCAUGAGCUGAAAGUGCAUGAAAUGCUGAAGAAAGGAUGGGAUGCAGAGGGAUCACCAUUCAAAGGGCAGAAUUUUGAUCCGAGCAUGUUCAACAUCUCGUCAGGGGCCGUUCAGUUCUGAGCUCAGAAAACACCUACUGGAAAUCAUCGGUGCCCCGGCAUUAGUUUACUGCUUCCCAGCUGGGAUACGAUUGCCUUUUCUUAACCAAGUUUCAUGUCUUUUGGUAAACACGUGACUUUGGUGCUUGCUGAGACUGGAUGACUUUCUACCUGAACCUGAUGUUGUGUAUCAGAGCAGUUACACACGCAUAUGGGUUUUAUUUAACUAGCUAUUCAUAUAAGGAGAGGUCUGAUCAGUCUGUAUAGAAUUAUAACGUAACCCUACCGGGGGCUUUGUCCUAUAUCACUGGUGUGCCACAGAGUCAUUUUAGCAUUUAUUCCCUUAAAGGAGAAUUCAACCCUAAACCUAACAAACCCUACCCCCCUGCCCUACAUAGACCCCCACCUCCCCCCAGCCUAAGUGUUACCCCGGGCAAAUCCCCCUAACGUUUUACUUACCCCUCGGGGCAGAUUCAGACAUCAGGGUUCACGGGCGCCAUCUUGAGCCGCUUCAGUAAUCUUCGGAAUGAGACCGGCAUGUCGGCACAUGCGCAGUUGGAGCAAUUUUCUGUUUUGCGACAAAAAUUGCCGAAGCGCCGGUCUCAUUUCGAAGAUUACCGAAGCGGCACAAGAUGGCGCCUGUGAAGUCCGAUGCCUGAAUCUGCACCACGGGGGUAGAGACCAAUUUCUAAGACCUGAACCUGCAGCCCGCGAACCCGAACCGCAACCUGCAUAUUUACCCACUUUGAUCCGCUACCAGACACGGACCCACAGCUGCCUUAUCCGCAACCCGCCAACCACCAACAAACAGGAAGUGAUGGUGCUGCAAACCGGAAGUGAAGGCAUCAAAAGUGGGUGAGGACAGAAACAAGUUUUGUAAAACUUUAAAAAUUUAUAGACAAUAUUACAUAAGAUAAGAAAUUUAGAUCAGACCCACAUUUAUACCCCUCAUUCCGCAUGGUGCCCGCUUUUUUUGCGGGUAACCCGUAGGUACCUGACCCGCUGCAGGACUCUACCGAGGGGUAAGUAUAACGUAUGGGGCAUUUGCUAGGGGUAGCAAUUAGGCUGGGUGGAGGGGGGGGGGUCUAUGUAGGUUAGGAGGGUAGGGGCUUUUUCCAUUUAGGGUUGAAUUCUCCUUUAAUAGGAGCUAACAGCAAAAAUAAUUUCUGACACAGGAAGGGUCUUCUGAGCUCUGUCAUGUGGCUCCUCUUUGACUGAGCAAUAGAACAGAGGACACUCCUGUUACACAUUCAUGAUGUAAAUAAUAUGCUCUCAAACAACAAAAAAAACCCAAGCUGCAAAUAGUUAGUCAAUUACAAAAGUGGCCAGAAGAGCAGUUUUACAGUAAGUUAUAUGAAUAUAUUUCCUCUUUGAUAUUUGGCAGGCAGAUGGGAGCACACUGGAUCAAAAAUGAUCUCCUAAAGCCGUUUACAGACGUUUAAUGCCACACUACAUGAUGAAAACAACAUAUUUCUAUAUCUUGUGAAGCGUUCACUAUGGGUAACAUUGUAUUCAUAAAGAUAAUAUAAGAACCCUAUGGUCUGACAUAGUGUUUACAUGUAUUCAAAGGGGAAAUACACAACUUUGUUUAUUUUGAGCCAAUAAAUAAGAAUUGUGUUGGAAA